AUGCCCAUCAACCAACCAUCAAAUCAGAUUAAAUUUACCAACGUAUCAGUCGUCAGGCUAAAAAAGGGUAAAAAGCGCUUCGAACUCGCCUGCUACAAGAACAAACUCCUCGAGUACCGCUCCGGAGCAGAGAAGGAUCUCGACAAUGUCCUCCAAGUCCCCACGAUCUUCCUGUCGGUUUCCAAAGCGCAAACAGCCCCAUCCGCCGAGUUAACAAAGGCCUUCGGCGCCGACACGCCUGCAGAUGAGAUCCGGCAAGAAAUUCUACGAAAGGGUGAAGUGCAAGUUGGCGAGCGUGAGCGCAAGGAAAUCAUCGAGCGCGUGGAGAAGGAGGUGUUGGAUAUCGUAUCAGGACGGCUUGUUGAUCCUACGACGAAGCGAGUCUAUACCCCCGGAAUGAUUUCCAAGGCCUUGGACCAGCUCAGCUCGGCUAGUGGUCAACAGCAGAAACCGCUCUGGACGGGUGUGACGGCCAACAAGUCGGCGAAGAGUCAAGCGCUUGAAGCUAUGAAGGCGCUUAUUGCAUGGCAACCUAUCCCUGUGAUGCGGGCGCGGAUGCGCCUCCGUGUCACCUGUCCUGUGUCACUGUUGAAGCAGAGUGUUAAGGGUGGUGCGGCCGGUGGUGCUGCCGCGGGUGGUAAAGAAAAGGAGGCGCCGUCCAAGAGCGGCUCCAAGUCGAACAAGAAGGGUGGAAAGGGGUCCAAGAAAGCCCGUCAGCAGGAAUCCGAGGAUGAGGCAGGUGGAUCUGACGCAGAGUCCGCACCUGCCAAGGGUCCGAGCAAUGUCAAGGAUAAGAUCCUGAGCUAUAUCGAAUCUAUUGAGGCUCAGGAGGUUGUCGGCGGAGACGAGUGGGAGAUCAUUGGCUUUGCUGAGCCGGGAGCUUUCAAGGGAUUGAAUGAAUUUGUGGGCAACGAGACCCGGGGCAGAGGACGUGUGGAGGUGCUGGAUAUGACGGUGACCCAUGAAGAGAAGGAUACCAAAAUUAUGCCAUAA